UCCUAUGUCGUCAAUCCGCUGUCCGGGAGGCCUUAAUGGAUGUUGGAUGCUGCCGGAUCGCUGCGGUCGAGAGGAAACGUUGGUCUUUGGAUGGAUUUGCUUGGUCGGCGACGGAUGACUCUGGUCCCGCUUCACGGCUCCUCCGUUCCUUGGCUUCUCCCUUGAUCUCUACGACCCGCUAAUACACCUCUUUGAACAGAACAAUGGGUAGGGUCAUUCGGGCACAAAGGCGAUCGCACGCCAUCUUCUCGGCGCACACGCACCUUAACAAGGCGCCCGCCCGCCUCCGCACCCUCGACUACGCGGAGCGUAACGGCUACAUUCGUGGCGUGGUCAAGGACAUCAUCCACGAUUCCGGCCGUGGUGCUCCCCUUGCCCGCGUUGUGUUCCGUGACCCCUACCGCUACAAGCUCCGCAGCGAGACCUUCAUCGCCACCGAAGGUCUCCACACCGGCGCCUUCGUCUACUGCGGCAAGAAGGCUGCCCUCGCCCCCGGCAACGUCCUCCCCCUCUCGCAGUGCCCCGAGGGUACCGUCGUUUGCAACAUCGAGGAGAAGGUUGGCGACCGCGGCGCGCUCGCCCGCACCUCCGGCAACUACGCCACCGUCAUCGGUCACUCCCCCGAAGAGAACAAGACCCGCGUGCGCUUGCCCUCUGGUGCCAAGAAGACCGUCUCUGGCUCUGCCCGUGCCUCCAUCGGCAUCGUAGCGGGUGGUGGACGUAUCGACAAGCCUUUGCUCAAGGCUGGCCGUGCGUACUAUAAAUUCAAGGCCAAACGUUACAACUGGCCCCGUACUCGUGGUGUUGCUAUGAACCCGGUUGACCAUCCUCACGGUGGUGGUAACCACCAGCACAUUGGAAAGGCCUCCACUAUCUCCCGCCAGGCCGUCCCCGGUCAGAAAGUCGGUCUCAUUGCUGCCCGCCGUACUGGUCUCCUCCGCGGUACCGUCAAGGUCAAGGAGGUUUAGGGGAGCUUCGUUGUCGUAUCUUCUUUGUUGCAUACCAUCAAAACCAUGUAUGCAAUGUAUCCAUCAUGCAUAUGCACGAUUCAUGCCUCGCUAUGUAUCGCACUUACGUCCGGACUUCAUUUUCGAC